AUGUCGACUAGAAAACCUUCAUACACAAACCCAAAACCCUGCAAGCACCUUUCAGCUUACAAGCUCAAACAUGGCUUGAGUGGCUAUAAAUCACUCCAAAAGUGCCUCAAGACCACCCCAAAUGGAAGGACAAGUGUUCAGAAUCCUGGCACAGAGGUACCCAGAUGCAGUUUCUGUAAUGGGUAUCAAGGUAGACUCUAUAUUUGUUUGAUUUGCUCUUCAAUCUCAUGCUCAAGCCACGCCCUUUUGCAUACCCAGUCUGAGAUUGGCCACUAUUUAGCUGUGGACGUUGAAAGGGCUGAGCUUUAUUGCUGUGCGUGCUCUGAUCAGGUCUAUGAUCCUGAUUUUGAUAAGACUGUGAUGUCUAAACACAUGGUGGACUUGCCGUAUAGCACAAAUAGUGCAGACAGUAUAGGAGAGAGACUGUGUGAAAGGAAGAGGCUGGGUUCAGGUGUAGAAUUAGUGGAUUUGAAGAAGGCCGAAAAGUCGGCUUGGACGAGAGAUCAGAGGGCCAAAUCGUGUUACCCAUUGGGUUUGAGGGGAUUGAAUAAUUUGGGCAAUACUUGUUUCAUGAAUUCUGUGUUGCAAGCACUACUACAUGCACCUCCUUUGAGAAAUUACUUCUUGAGUGAUCGGCAUAACCCCAAAACAUGCCGGAAAAGGACUGCGAAUCGGCUGUGUUUGCCUUGCGAACUUCAUGGUAUUUUCUCGGCUGUGUAUUUGGGGGAUCGGACUCCUUAUAGCCCGGCGCAAUUUCUUUACAGUUGGUGGCAGCAUUCAGAAAAUCUGGCAAGUUACGAGCAGCAGGAUGCUCAUGAGUUCUUCAUUUCAGUCUUAGAUGGGAUCCAUGAGAAAGAAAGCAAAGCAAGGAACCAAACUAGAGAUACCGGAGAUUGCCAGUGUAUUGCUCAUAGGGUAUUCUCAGGACUGUUGAGGUCCGAUGUCACUUGUAUGACUUGUGGAUUCACCUCAACAACUUAUGACCCUUGUUUGGACAUAUCACUCAACUUAGACACAAGCCAUUGUUCUUGGUCAGAUGCAUCUAAUAAGCCCGUCAAACCAAAUGACAGCAGCAGUUCAUCUACUCUUUUAGGUUGUUUAGACUUGUUUACAAAACCAGAGAAGUUGGGAUCAGACCAAAAACUGUACUGUCAGAACUGUGAAGAAUUGCGAGACUCAUCGAAGCAAAUGUCCAUCAGAAAGCUCCCGUUGGUGUUGUGUUUGCAUAUAAAACGAUUUGAGCACUCCCUUGUCAGAAAAAUGAUGAGGAAAAUUGACAGCUAUUUGCAUUUUCCUUUCUCCCUAGACAUGACUCCAUAUCUGUCUUCUUCAAUUGUCAGAAACAGAUUUGGAAAUAGGAUCUUUGCUUUUGAGGGGGAUGAAUCUGAUAUAUCUACAGAAUUUGAGAUUUUUGCAGUAGUUACUCAUUCUGGGACACUAGAAUCCGGCCAUUAUGUGACGUAUUUACGCAUAAAAAACCAGUGGUACAAAUGUGACAAUGCUUGGAUUAAUGAGGUUGACGAGGGAAUUUUGGCUGAACAAGAAUUGGACUUUCGAUAUACAUCAAGGCAGGCUAUGAACAGUGAGACCGAGAAUGCUUCUGCUGAAGGAGCCGUUUCAAGAAUCAGAUCCCUUUGGCCUGAGGAAAUCAUGAUUCCAUGUUGGACGGACGGGGAAAGGCAUCACCAAAUUGCAGAUUUUUUGAAGAUCACUGUUUGA